AUGGCAAAGCUGUUGAUCAAACCCCGCCACAAUCGGCCUGGAAAAAGAGAAGCGAGUCCCGACAAGACAAAAGCUCCCAUCGUCUUCAAAAGCCAUGCGCAGCAACCACGUCAACUGUGGGCGAAAGCUAAGGUUUUCGGGAAGGUGACGGUGGCCGCCCAGCGUCCGGCGAACAUAACCAAGAUGAUGCUGGAGGUGGACAAGCUAUGGGAGUCCAGCAAGACACUAAUGAAAAAAGACAGCCCCAUGACAGAACCGGAUAUAGAGAAGCUGCGACAGAUUAUCAAGGAAGCUGUGGACCUCAGCAGCCGGAUACGGAUGCUCAUAAGAGAAAAAGACACGUACACGGACGAUGACGUAGUGAGUCACGCGAAGGACAUCAACAGCCUGCAACUGUUUAUGCACAACGUUGUAGAAAUAUGGACGAAAGUGGAUGACCUACUCAAAGAAAAGUUUGCCCACCACGUUAUGGGCGAGAUGAUGGAACUGGGAACAGAUAUAUCAUCGGUAUUUGGCGAGGUUAUGUCUAUAUUUCUACAAAGGUUUGGCCUAAACAUCGUACCGUUGCUGCGUCCCGUCCACGGUCUGUACUAUAGCAUCAGCAUCCACUGCCGCUACAACUGCCCGGAUCUAGCUGAGGACGACGUUAACGAGAUGAAGUCAAUCUACAACAGCUUCCUUACCGCAAUGAUCAGCCUCAUGAAAAGCACAAAGGUCCUCUUGAAACGCCUUAAGUUUGACAGUGACGUCAUUUCCUCUCGUAGACGUGGCGUACAGGCAAACAUCUCCUCUCUUCUAGAACUCAUGCACGAGAUGGUGAAAGACGGCAGAAUAUGUGACGCUGCCGAAUACGUGGACAUGAUGGAAAAAAUCGGCAGCCUCUGCACUGACAUAUUCUUUGUGAUUGGUAAAACGUCAAGUAUUGCAGAGCUCUUAGAGCUCGGGGAGGGCGUGAUCGCCAUCGAGCCGGCGGAGGUUCUGGGGGAAGUGGCGCACUCGGACGUCCAGAGGUGCCCCAUAGAGAAGCGCCCCCUUCUGUUGGCGGGCAUGGAGAUGGACGAAGGGUCUACCUUCAUCUCGGACCUCUUUAUGCAAAGUGGGGCCACGUUCAACCCUUCUCAGAAGGUAACAAUAAGAAUGCCCUUCCCCGGAGCCAAUUUUCCCGCUGGGGCUAUCGUCAAAGUUAAAUUAAAGAUAGGAGAUGAAUGGUACGAUACAGCCGGCACAAUAGUAAAAGGAAACCCGAAUGCCGAAAAGAGCGAUCUUCCGGAAGGCAUUGCAAAAGUCAAUGUGAAAUCUGCAAAAGGCCUGAGGGGGCCAAAACCUCCACCGCCAACGGAUGACAUGAUAGAGUUCCAGACGAAGUUUAACCAGGCAUUUAUUGCCUGCAUCGAAUACAUGGCGCAGAUCCGGGAGCUGACGCCCGCUGAAUACACGUACAUAUGCCCGGAUGACGACAGGGUUAGACUGACAUUCCCGGAAGGGUGUGUCACCCAAAAGUCCCAAGUAGCGUUCAAGCUUAUACAGUUGAAUCGCAGCCGUAUGUUCGACUACAAAGAGCAGUGUCCACACCUUUGCAAGAACAUCCCCGCCCUGUCGGACAUCCUGAAAGUGUAUUAUGAGGACAACGUGGUAUUCGGUAUGCCAAUCAUGGUCCACAUGCCCAUACCGAACGACAUAGACGACAACGAAUCUGAAAUUGUGAUUUUCCAGUCGAGAGAGGACGGGGAAAUAGAGCUGAUUCCAAAACGAACAGCAAUGCUCUGUCCAUCAACGCAGAACUGUUACACUUUCCAGAUACAAAGCCUAUGUGGGAUUGCGAUCGGUAAGGUGAAGAAAAAGAACCUGCGCAAGAACCGCGGCGCGAUCAUAGAAGAGUAUGAGCUCUAUGCCGAGGAGGCGUUCGUCUGCAACAUCCUCACGUUCUUGGAUAAAGGCCUGCUGCACGUGGGGCUCGUGAAGGUGUUCGUGGAGGUCGUCGAGCGGAGGUUCGUGAAGAAGGCCCUGCGGCGGCGCGGCAAGGAGGGCCUGUUCGAGGUUCCCGGAAGUCGGUCUUCCAACAUCCGGUUGAAGAACGAGGACAUCAUUUGCAUAGAAAUGGAGGGCAAUAUACAGCGGAUGAAGGAGACGCCGUUGGAGAACUAUUUUGUGGUGUUCUUGAGCAGUGCUAGGGAUAACUUUCGAGCGUUCCCGGUGGAAGCGCGCAAGGAUCCAGAAAACCGGGCUUAUGGUAUCCUGAACUUCUUCAAGGACAAUGAAGAGGAACAGAAGCACCUCCACAGCGCGAACAUUGACCCCAACAAGUACAUGCUAGGUGUGCUGGACAGGGCCAAGACCGUCGUAGCCGUACAAGGAGGCAAGGAGGUCAUGACCCCGAAAUCCAUUGGAGGAUCAUUGACCUCGCGGCCAGCGACUUGCUCUGCCAGAGAGUCGAAAAACUAUAGAACUAUCUUCGACGCUGUGCCAGUGCUGAGCCAUCAGUCCCUUUUGGCCCUGUGCACGUAUGUCAAAGUGGAGACCGUACAAAACGUUGCAUAUGAGUUGAACGUUCCCUACGAAUACGUAAUAGAAAAUAAAGUAUCAGACCAACCGAGAGUCAUGAUAAAUUUCAACAUACUCUGGAAAUGGCGAGGCCACAAAGCCACCCGUCAAAUGGUUCAAGACCUGAUCGACGCUUUUCGGAUAUGCGGCCAUGCCCAUAUUGGCGACAAAAUUAUGAACGCUGGAAAUGAAAAAAGGGCUUUGACGAAAGAAGACUUCAUGUAAUGUUUAGGAAAAACGAAUUGGACUGGUGUUUAACUUGCCGCCCAAAGUCAGAAGAAUGCGAAUUCCUUUGUCUGUUUGCAUGUUUGUAUUAUGUUUUCAUGAAUUUAAUUCGCUAUUUGGUUUUCAAAAAUAAAAAUAAAUUUUGA